CUACUACCCAACAAGCCUUGCAUUCUCCCACCCGAUCUGAUAAGCGACUGGCCUGCUCAGCACUGGGCCAAGACAUCCUCUCACACAAUUGGCAAGAGUAAUACCGAUACUUCAUCUUCCUCUUUACAUCCAGCAUUUGACUUGCUCAAGCAGCAAUAUGGAGAUCACAUUGUUCCAGUGGUCACAACGGCGGGAGAGUCAAGAGAUUCGAUUGCUGGGACCAGUCAGUAUGAGAGUGGACCUUCUGAAAGAGAGGAGAUGACGCUCUCCGAGGCAGUGGGUCGUCUGCACGAGGCAUGUAGAUUGCGUGAGCAAGCGACGGGGGAGGAGCAAGACACCACUCCCCCUGCGCCGCUGAUCUACAUCAAGGAUUGGCACCUUGUGCGACAGGAGAAGCUACGCCACAGCAGGGAGCAGAUAGAUAAUCCCGUCCUCCCGUACACCACGCCCGAUCUCUUCCUCGACGACUGGAUGAACAACGAGUCCUUCCUCCCUCAGCAGAGCAGCGAGGAAGCCGCCGCCGCCGCCGUCUCCGCGGCCAUUCCAGACGACUUCCGCUUCUGCUACGCCGGACUUCGAGGCACCACUACCGGCCUACACAGGGACGUGUACACCUCCUACUCCUGGUCCACUAACCUCGUAGGUCGCAAGCGCUGGGUCCUUUACUCUCCGCAACUCUCCCCGCUCCUCCGCCGACUCCUCGAACAAGGUCGUGGCCUAGCUCCUCUGAGCGCUGCAGAGCGGGCCAGUCUAGAGGAGCCGGAGAGCAGUACUGUCGUGCUUCAGGAGGAGGGAGAGACGAUCUUUGUCCCUUCGGACGUGUUUCACACCGUGGAGAAUCUCGAGGAUACGAUUUCGCUCAAUCACAAUUGGUGUAAUGCGGUGAAUUUGCCGAGGAUGUAUGAGAGUAUCAAGGAGGAAAUGGGAGAGGUGCAGGGCGCGCUGCAGGAUGUGAGGGAGAUGCUAUUGGAGGGUGAGAAGCAGCCUCCCCUCCCCUGGCAAGUCGAGUACUGGCGUCUCAUUCAGCAAGUCUCCCGCUCCGAUGCCGGAUGGGAUUGGCUGCAAUUCUGGCAGAUGGUACAGCGGUGGCUCGAUCCCUCCUCCAGGGCAUGUCCGUCGUUCGUCUACCCACGGGUUGCAACGAUGAUUCAGGAUUUUCGACAGAGGGAAGAGUGGCAGUGGCUCGAUGCAGAGGUCCGGACCUGCGUAGAGGACUGCAGCAUACUCAUUGCUCCAGCCUGUCGAUGA